AUGUCUUUAGCGAAUUUAUUUCCACCUAUGACUAAAUCUUGGGCCGACGAAGCCAACGACGAAUUUGAAGAGAUAUCCAUCGAUGCUCCACCUACUAGACACUUUGUCGAUACAUCUAAAUUUGAUGAAGAUGCAACUCUUGAUUUCUCUGACGACGAAUGUGCAAUCGACUCUUACGACUACGCGCUGAAAUUCGAGACAAUGUCGAAUGACGAUAGAGCUGCUGUAAUAACCGCCCCGGAAGAAAACAUCUCUCCAAAGAACAAAAAGGUGGGAACAAACAUGACAUCCAGAAUUCCUAAAGCAGUAUCCUACUCUACCCAAAAAUCAUAUUCAGAUGCAUGUCUGUAUACCAUUUCUGAGACCGAAGAAUCGAAGGAUCAAGAUCAAGAUCAUAACCAACCCACAGCAGUCACAGAACUCAUUCUUGAUAACUGGCAGGGCGAUAUUCCCGUUAUAGUGGACGAUUGCGAUUCAGGCAUCGAGUCGGCUCAAUGCGCUCCUGAAUUUGGUGGCUUCGAUGCUUGGGAUAGCGAUUCGUGCUACAGUUCUCACUCCGAGCUCGAGGAGGUCGAAGAAGAGGUUCGAAUUGAUCACCCCUUGAUGGGAAAUGACGUGGUUUGCAUUCAAGUGUCCUUCACGGCAGUAAAGGCCAGUGAGUAUGAAGCUCAUCCUACAAAAUUGUUCUAUCGUAGUUCGGAACCAAUAACCUGGGGGUGGAUACCAUCAAAAUUAAGACACUGUCAGACAGUCAUCCGUGAAGAAGGAUCUUGCUGUUAUAUUUAG